AUGAACUCGCUGAUUAAUGAAAUAUCAAACAAUAAAGAUGAUAGUACACAAACUAAUAUAAAUAAUAAAUCAUCACCCACAAUACCUAUUUAUUUACAAAAACAAAUAGUUAAAAUAAUAAGUGAUCAUAUAAAUUAUAGUAAUAAACUAAUAGUGGCAAUUGGAGAUAAAGAUUACAGAGAGGAAGAAAAAAAAAACAACCAAUUUACUCUAUCGGUGGCAUUGGUAUCAAAGCAAUGGUUUUCCACACUAUCAAAUCAUUUAAAAGUAUCUGUAGAUUUUAAUUAUGACAGCAAUUUCAUCUCAUCGAUUUUCCAAGAGGUUAACAAAAAAGAAAUAAAAAAAGAUGAAAGUUUUUCAUUACAAAAAGAAAUUACUCCAUUUAAUAACCAAAGCAAAUACUCAAUCAUUAAAAUGGAAAAUAUUGAAACUAUAAAACUACAUUAUGACCACAAUUCAGUGUCACUUCCAUUUUAUAAGAGAAUUAAUAAUAGAGCUGAUGUCAAAUACUCAAACGACAGCGCAAGGGAAAAGCUCAAAGAAAUAAAGAAUUUGAAAAGAAUUAUAAUAAGAAAUAUAAAUUUAAACUUUUUUCUUCGCGAUGAAUUUUUUGAGUUUGGUAUCAAUAAUAUUCAAUUAUUGGAACUACUUAUAAACAACAACACAAAUGUUGAAACAUUUAAGAAAAUUAAAAAAAUCAGUUCACUGAUUGUAGGUUUUUUCCAACCUACAAACAAACAUAUAAUCAGUAAUGCAAUAAAAUAUUUUCAUCCAAAUUUAAAGCAAAUUUUUUUUUACUCUAGAGUAUCAAUUCCAUAUUUAGAAAUAUCUGGUUUUAUAGAAAAUGACAAAAUUUUUAAUAACAAUAACAAUAACAAUAACAAUAACAAUAACAAUAACAAUAAUCAAAGUAAUUUAACUAUAGCAAUAGAAAAUGAAAAGCAACAACAACAACAACAACAACAAUCAUUGGUUUUAGUUAAAAAUGGAAUUAACUAUUUCGAAAAUAUUCAAUCAAUUGUAGUUUACCAUACCAUAACGUUUAAAGAACUUUAUUAUUUAUUAAAUGCUACUCCAAAUCUUUUUGAAUUAUCAAUUAAGGUUUGCCAAAGCCAACUACAGUGGUUAUUAACAAAUGACAGAGAAUUUGACCCAUACCAAAUUCCAAAACCACCAUGCACGUGCCAUCUUCUUCGUAGAGAUACAGAAGAAAAUGAAGUCGAAACCUCAAAAGAAGAAUUCCAAAAACUAUUCGAAUUAGUCCAUGAACAGUUAAAAACAAAUAAAACAAAGCUUAGGAAAAUUACAUUAGCUCAAAUGUGUCCACAAAUUAGUUUCUUUACUCUUCCAGAUCCAAACAAAAAGAUAUUGGAACAAUUUUCAAAACGCUUUUCACUUUUAAUUUCAAGUAUACCAAACUUAAAGAGAAUUCAACUUGAGGGUUUUAGAAUCACUGUGAUUUUCAAUGAUAUCAUUAGGACUCAUAAUAACAAAUCAAUAGAGGAGUUUAUAUUAGAUACUAUUAUAGAUUCAUUUACAGAUGGAACCUAUUUUAGAAGACAUUGUGAAAGUUUAAUAAAGGAGAAUCCACAUAUUAAAUAUUUUAAGGUUUUUAAAAAAACAACCACAGGUCGUAUAACUUAUUUUAGUUUUAAAAAUGGAAAAAUUAACAAAUAA